AUGGAUAGUCUUUGGGAGCUUGACGUCAGGAACGCCCUGUCGCUCAUCACAGCGGCUGGCGACUGCGCUGAGCAGUUCUCGCGCAAAACGGACCCAGGUGACCGACACACUUAUGGCACCAUAAUGCGUGCGAAACUGGACUCUUUGCGAAAGACCGUAGCAAACCUCGAGCUGACGCUGCGUGACAUGUCAAGCGGAACGGGGGCUCCUGCAGAUCUCGCAUCGCGUAAAAAGCAGCUUGAGGACAUUAGGCGUUCGUACCAAGAGUUAGAAGGGGUGCUGAGUCCGACAGGAAACCAUUCAUCGCUGCCAGUUGCGCAACCGAUAACACCCAAACGCCAACUCGACCAUAUGUCACCCGAAGAGCUGUACAACUAUCGGAAUUCGAUGAUGCGGGCGCAGGAGAACGAGUUAGACAUGCUGGAUUCGACCGCAGGCGCAAUACACAGCAUCAGCACCCACAUCAGGGAUGAGGUGGACUACCAUUCCGACCUGCUGGGUGACCUCGAGUCUGCGAUGGACACUUCGCAUAGCUUGGUGUCGCGGAACAGGGCGGCUCUAUCGCUGAUGAUCGAGCGUAGCAGCAAGGGACGUCUGACGUUCUACAUCGUCGUGCUCACGAUUAUCCUGAUUCUCAUACUGGUUCUAUAG